AUGGAGCUGCCGUGGGCGCUGCUGGCGCUGGCUGGGAUGGGCGCAGCCGCAGACCUGGCCCGGCUGCCCUACGUGCCCCACGUACCCCCCGUGGCACUGCUGGGCAAGGUCACUGCCAGCACCUUCGCUCUGGAGGGGCCCCGCUGCGUCUUCGACGGCCACGCCGACGCCUCGGACGCCGUGUGGCUGGCGGUGGCCUUUGCCAACGCAUCAGCCGCCUUCAGAAACCCGCUGUCCCGGGCUGACGUGCCCCCGUACAAGCAGCUGCCCACUGCCCGCUCCUACAUGACUCUGGAGACGGCGGCGGCCGCGUAUUCCUGCUCGGCGCCGAGCCCGCCCGUCCUGCGGGUCGGGGGGGACACGGCGUGCAGGGACCAGGGCAGACAGGACCCCUGCAACGGGCCCCUGCCCUCCCCGGGGCCCUACAGGGUGAAGUUCCUGCUGAUGGGCUGCCGCGGCCCCAAAGCGGAGACGCGGUGGUCCGAGCCCAUCCUCCUGCGCAGAGCCGUCAGCCCGAGCACCAUCGACCCUGCGCCCGCUCGCCGUGGCAGUGCCGUGGUGGUCAUCGCCUCCAUCCUGGCCAGCCUGGGAGCCGUGCUGGCCACCGCCGUGCUCGGAGCCCUGGGUGCCAAGGUGUGGGGCUCUCUGUGCCACCAGAAUUUGGCGGCCGACGCCUUCAUCCGCAGAUCGUACCGGACCCACCACAUCCCCCCGGCCGUGCCCCAGCCCCUGCCCCCCGGUCUUUGA